UGAUUUGUGUUUGAGAAGUUCGGGGAAGCUCUUCUGCUACUGGGAACUGGGUAGCCAAGGGUUUUGCCAGAAGCCAUGGAAGCAGCAAAACGCAAGCGAAACUCUGCCGAAUAUGAAGAUGAUGAAUAUGAAACCUUCAGACCGCCGCCGCCAUCCUCCGCCGCGUCAAACGGCGGCAUUGACCUAUCACUACUCGAAGCCCUAGAAAAAUCUCAACAAAACCCCGUGGAAGCUCUCGAUCUCAAAACAGUGAAAAAAUUCGUCCUUUCAUUCGAACGACGUCUUAAGGAAAAUAUUGCUGCCCGUCUCAAGUACCCGGACCAACCCGAGAAGUUCGCGGAUUCCGAAGUCGAGCUCCAUGAAGAAAUCGAAAAGCUUAAAAUCGUCGCCGGAGGCCCAGAGUUUUACCCGGAACUUGUCAAUCUCGGCACCGUUGCUUCAAUCACCAGCCUCCUCAAUCACGAAAACACGGAUAUCGCUAUUGACGUUGUCGGCUUAUUACAAGACCUAACUGAUGAGGAUGUUCUCGAGGACAACGACGAGCCGGCGCAAGUCUUAGUUGAUGCAUUGGUCGAGAACAAUGCAUUAGAAUUACUCGUUCAGCUUCUAGGAAAAUUAUCCGAUUCCGAUCCCGACGAGUCCGCCGCCAUUUACAGUAUACUCGCGACUAUUGAGAAUUUCAUCGAAGUGAAAACCUCGGUGGCUGAGCUCGUAUGCGAAAGGACGAAGUUAAUGAAGUGGUUAUUGACAAGGAUAAAAGUUAGAGAAUUUGAUGGAAACAAGCAGUAUGCAUCGGAAAUUUUGGCGAUUCUGCUGCAGAGCAGCACGGGGAAUCAGAAGAGAUUAGGGCAAUUGAACGGCGUGGAUGCGUUGUUACAAGCUGUGGCAAUGUAUAAAUCAAAGGACCCUAAGUCGCCAGAUGAGGAGGAGAUGGUGGAGAACUUGUUUGACGCGUUGUGCUGUUUGUUAAUGCCGUUGGAGAAUAAGGAGAGGUUUGUGAAAUCUGAAGGAGUAGAAUUGAUGAUCAUUAUAAUGAAUCAGAAGAAAAUGUGUUAUGGGUCGGCUAUAAGGGCUUUAGAUUUUGCUAUGACUAAUUAUCCUCCAGCAUGUGAGAGGUUUGUGGAUGUAAUGGGGUUAAAGACUGCUUUUCCAGCUUUCAUGGGUAAGAUACCUCUGAGCAAAAAGAACAAGAAACGCUACAAAGAAGAACUGGAAGAGCGUCUUGUAUCACUAGUUGCUUCCUUAUUUGGAGGAAUCUUGAGAGGUUCUAGAAGGGAUAGAUUGUUAAGUAAGUUUGUGGAGAACGAGUGCGAAAAAAUUGACAGGCUUAUGGAACUCUACAUGAGAUAUUCCAAUAGAGUGAAACUUGAGGCUGAACGGUUUGACCAGCUAGAACUUGAUGAUUUGAUGGAUGAAGAUGAGAAGUACAAUAGGAAGUUAGGAGCUGGACUUUACACUCUUCAGUUGAUAGCUGUUAUCCUGGGUCAUCUUUGGACCUCUGAGCAUCCUCGUAUCAGAGCAAGGAUUGAACUUUUGCUAAAGCAACAAAAGCUGACUAAGCAAGACGUAAAAGAUAUACUUCAGGAAUAUCAUGACAACAUAGGAGAUCUGGAAGGGCCAGAAGAGAAGGAGAGGGCACAAUCCAAGAUUCAAAGGUUCAUCUCGGCCUUUUGACCCAUGAUGUGGUUCAACAGUCAGAGCACAAGUUUUAUCCUUAGAAUGCUGUGUGAACUCUGGCUACUUGAAAUGUGCGUUGAGAUUUUAUAUGCUCAGUUGUCUACAGUUGGUCACUUCACUGUAUUCGUUCAUGUAAUGUGUAAGAGCUGUCAUCAGUUAUUGAAGGUUAACAUUUUUGGCCGAAUUUGUUUGUAUUGAAUGCAAGUGUAAUUUGCAAGACUUCAAUUAGUCGUUUUACCCAGUGUAAGUGCAGUGCUUUGUGGAGCUUGUCCCUAUGCUGUUGUGAGCUUUCACCGUCCCAAAAUUGUCACUGCCGAUUGCCGAUGGAUAAGCUACUUUAUUUGCAUAACAAUCAAAAAGCAGGUUUUCUAAAGAAAAUGUCGUCAGUUUUCCAGAAACUGUUUGUUGGACGAGGUGAAGGAGCUUUUGCUGAGUGGUGAAGAGAUAUUACAGAAUGCUCAUUUACGUCAUCAAAAAAGAAUACGCUCAUAUAUCGGAUACGGACCAAUAGCCUUGCUCGGCCUUCCGCAGCAGUCAUCACAGAGUUGACUUCCCGAGAUAUAUGAGUUGUUGCCUCCAAUCCAACAACAUCAAGAAGAAAACUGCAAUCAUUAAGAAGAUGUGAGUAUCGAUAUUGUUCAUCCUUAAAUAAAUUACAUAAUACAUGUGAAUCUGAUUCCACUAUAAUUGAAAAGAGAUUUUUUGUGAAGGAGAGUUCCAGUCCUGCUAGUAGUGCAAGCAGCUCAGUCGCCUUCUGUGCAAAACCCAUAAGCCAUUGUGGUCUCUGAUGAGUCCCUCAGUACCACUGGCUUGGUUAUUUAGAUCAUGAGCCCCAACAAUGUUUAGCUUGUAAUGACUGUAGGAGGUGGUAGCCACCUUAUUGGUAUUUGUAGCCUGGGGUUUGAUGUUGAUGUAGUCGGGGUGAGUAAUAUGAAUUCUGCAACUUGUAUCAUGAAUUUUUUGUGGCAUGUAGUGGUUGAAGUAUGGUUGAAGAGAUUUGAGUUCCGGUUAAUCCAAAUGUUCGAGAGGAUGAAAGGCAGUAGGGUGGAGUAUGGAGUUUUAAAGGAGGCAUUUGUUGUGUGGAUGGUAGUGUCUUUGUUGCACCUAUCCUUCAACCACUUGGCAAGGUUGUGUGCUUGAGAUAUGUGUAGAUUGAACAAAGGCCAUAAAUGGCAGGAGCGUUUGCAUGUAAAGAAGAUGUGGUUUAUGUCCUCCACUAUGGUUGGACAGAAUUGACAAAAAUUGGGUUGAAGUCUCUAGUAGGGAGUUUGUGGUGUAUAAGUAGUCACAGGAAAAACUUCAGUUUAUUCAGACACUUGAGAUGCCAAAGCUUAGAGUGAUUUGCAGGGGUGGGUGGUGAAAGUUGGUUGGUGAUCUGUAGUUGGAGCAAAUAGGCUGACUUUGAAGUAAAGUUGCCAAGAGAUGUUUGGUUCCAGAAUGAUUGGUCAGGUUUGUUUGUUGAGAAUGAGAUGUAAAUGUGGUUGAUUUGUGCUACUGUAUCAGGAUGUAAAGAUAAGGAUAACCUAUCCAGAAGCCACGAAUGGUUAGAUAGAAUUGAUGAUACUGUUAAUUGUUCCUCCUUGUGGGGUAGGAGGACCUGGAUUGUUUUGCACAGACAGUUAUGGUUUGGAAGCCAGUUGUCAUUCCAGAGGUUGAUUUUUGUACCAUCUCCUAUGUUCCAGGACAAUCCUGCUUGGAAGAGGCCAUUGGCUUUGGUCAUACUUUUCCAUACAUAUGAAUCAGAUGGCUUAGCCUGAUAUGUUUCUGCUGAACAUAUUUUGCUUGAAGAAUUUUAACCCACAAGGAGUUGGCACUCCUAUGAAAUUGCCAUAGUAACCCUGCUAGCAUUGCA